AGCGAUUGAAUGCUCUCUGCGCUUAUCAUCCUCUGCUUGACGUCCGUGACAUAUCUGAGCAGCGCCUUCGCGUUUCCCGUCAGAUCUGCACAGAUGCCUUUCAGACCCAGUGGCACGUCCAUGCCCAGCUCAUCGGUCUCCAUCCGCCUAGGGGUGGAGGAAGACAUUCCCAAGGCAGCGUCCAUCUGCUGUGAUGCAUUCAACACCCUCUGCGCCAGUGUGGCCCUGCCGCCCGAGUUCAACUCACCCGCAGACAUCGAGCAUUUUUUUCAUUCACUCAUGAAGAGCGACAGCAAGGCGUUCUUCGUGGCGGUGGAUGACGAAAGCGGCGAGCUGGUUGGCGGCAACGGGGUGGAGCAUGUGGAUGAGUCUGUGGCCAGCAUCGGGUGGGUGAGGGAGAAGGGAGAAGCGAUGGCUUGGUGCCACGUCUGUGGGCUGUGUGUGUGCAGGCCUGUCUUUGUGCUUCCUGGGCUGCAGAAGAAUGGCGUCGGUCGGGCACUCAUGGAGACCGUCAUCGACUGGGCCAACAGCAGAGGUGGGUCAGGGUGCGGGUGAGGGUGAGGGUGAGGCAGAUCAGAAGCAGAAACGACCACCAUUGCAUUAAUGCAAUACAGGCGCGCCUUCGAUCCGGCUGCAGCAGCUGGCCUCCAACGUGCAAAGCUUCUCCCUCUACACACGCAUGGGCUUCAUCUGCCGCAAGCAGUGCCUCCAUCUCCGGGGGUGGUGCCUGUCGUCUUCUGCACCGUCGCCAUCCGCCCUAUCCCCCGCAUACACGCUGCGGCAGGCCACGGGCGACGACGCAGGAGAGGCGGCCGAACUGUACCACCGGGUGACUGGCGAGAGGCGGGACAACCAGAUAAGGGAGGCCUUCGAGCACCAGAUGGAGGGCCACCCCGCUAAGGCCUACGUGCUGACCGACAAAGGAUCCGGCAAAAUGGGUAUAUCCGUACGUGUCGACUGAUGGAAUGAGCGCAUACCUCUCUCUGUUCUUCUCUCUCUCUGCUUGCUUUGCUUUGACUCAGUUGCCUACACUGGCCAGCUGUAUUUCUUCACCCACUCGUGUGCGCUGACCGAGGAUCACUUCGUCGAGCUGGUGACGCGCGUGUGCGACGAGUGGGCCAAGGAGAUGCCGCCACGCGAGAACGACCACCUGAUCCCGCCCACUGCCGGCCCGCCGUCCUUUUUGCUGCCCGUCGACUACCCCAAGCUGGCGAGAACCCUCCUGGACAGGGGCAUGCGGACGGUCUCGCUGACGAAUCUGAUGAGUAUCGGGGAGUGGAGAGAUGGCGAUCUUGCGGCGUACAAUGGCGUGUACGUGCCGAGUGUCGGCUAUUGAGUGUUGUUUUUGGUGCUGCAUGCCUUCCGUCCUCGAUUUUGAGCACGUGUGUGAAUGUGCGAGUGUGUGUCAAAGCCAGACACACAGUAGUUCCCCUUGUUAGCAUCUCUUGAGCGUCAUGAUGCCCUUCUGACUGCCCGGUUGCUGCUGAGACGCGGCACUCAGGCAUUUCACGUGGGGAUCGUCACGUGCAAGAGACGCCGACGACAGGGACCAGAGGCUAAGCCUAUGCUCUGUGUGUGUGUGUCAUUGCGUGUGGUGAAAAUACCCAUAUAUGAAUCACCC